AUGACCUCCCAUAUCAGCGAGACGAAUAGGCUGACAUUCCGGGAGACAGACGAGGCUGGAAAUCCUACUGCAACCUACAUCUACUCGGGAGAUGUCGCUUCGAUCACUUCCUCAAAGACACCGGCUGGCCGAGUAGAUGUAAUAAGCUCCUCUUCAUCUACCUCAUCAUGGUCAGCCAAGCCUCUAGUCAGCUCGCUGAGUGAUGUUUUUCUUCCCUCCGGAUACCCCCAAAGUGUCAGCGAUGAUUAUCUCCCAUAUCAAAUCUUUAACACAGUUCUGACGCAAGCAACCCACCGCAAACAGGACUCCCUCCAAGCCUUCUGCAGCUCAAUAGCAGGCCUCCUCUCCUCCCGAGCCGUCCUCCAAGGAGUCGGCGUCGGCAACGCCAACGCCUCUCCAACAUCAGCACUGCUCCUACAUAUCCUGCAGGAUAUAUCGGGCCGCAUUGCAACGAUAUGCUUCGCCCACCGCGUCGGCACAGCCCUCGAGCCAGAAUGCAAAACCUACCGACUAGCAGCAGACGUCUUCAACGAUAUCGCCAUGAUCCUCGACUGUCUAUCGCCGGGUGUUCCCGCCGGACCGGCGCGCGUGAUUGUCCUCAGCACAGCCGGUGUCCUCAGGGCCCUAUGCGGCGUAGCUGGGGGUAGCUCGAAGGCGAGCUUAAGUGCUCAUUUUGCCAAAUGGGGGAAUCUGGCGGAGCUUAAUGCGAAAGACUCGUCUCAGGAGACUGUUAUUUCUCUUUUCGGCAUGCUGGUCGGAUCCGUAGUAAUCUCCCACAUAACCAGCUUCAGCACAACCUGGCUCAUCCUCCUAAUCCUCCUAGCCCUCCAUCUAAGCAUGAACUACGCCGCCGUGCGCGCCGUACAAAUGACAAGUCUAAACCGACAGCGCGCGAACAUCGCCUUCUCAGCCCUCCUAGGCUCAGACAGGGGUCUUGCACUAGAUCUCGGUCUCGAUCUCGAUCCUUCGUCCACUCCAUCCGAAAAGAAAUGGACAAUCCUCACACCAGCACAGGUAUCCAAACACGAGCGCAUCUUCCACCGAGACGGAGCAUUGCAGUGGACGCAGCACUCGAGCACACAUACAACAACCCAACAUCUAGGAUCCGCGCAGAUAGGUGUAUCCAUGUCUACUUUCCUAGGCAGUUCCGGUUCCGGGUCCGGGUCAGGUAGUACAUCGUUCCAGCGCACCCUCCCGCUACAGCGGCUUGCGGCUGUUUUCACGGAUGAGUUCUAUAUCAUGUUUCUCGUGCCGUCGUCGGCUACAGGAGGGAAUGCGAAAUGGCAUGCUUCGAUUCUCCUGAAACGGGGUUGUGCUGUUGAGCAUCAGUUGAAGGCGUGGGCUCAUGCUUUGCUGGCUGCAAGGGAUCUGGGCCGGAUUACAACGGGCUCUGAUGUUGAUGCGGUUCUCGCUGUUGUUGAGAAGGCGCUUGUCUUGCUGAAUACGGAUGCGCGCUUUGAGAGAUAUCUGACCAGGCUGAGUAGUGUCGGGUGGAAUGUUGAUAUUGCGGCCUUGGAGACGAGGGGUGGACGGAGGAUUGAUAUUUGA